CUAUAAAAUACCCUUCUUGUUAUCAUUCUCUCACAACCAACAUCAAUUUCUUCCACAUUUCUCACAUAUUCCCUUCGCAUUACUAUUCUUUCCUAAUGGAAGGGUUCAAAUUCUUGCAGGAUUUUCGGCGAUUGGUACCAUUUUUAGCCAUUGUGUUGAUGAUUUUUGGCAUACAAGUUUCGGGGCAAAUUAAUACAGCAUGUAGUAGCGCGAUGCUACGUAGUUUUAGCCCUUGUAUAAAUUUCAUGAGUAAUAAUGGUUCAGGUUCACCAACUUCAGCUUGUUGUCAAUCUCUUAAAGAGCUUAUGGCUAGUGGCAAAGAUUGUCUCUGCCUUAUUGUUACUGGAAAUGUUCCUUUUAAAAUACCAAACAGAAAUAUAGCAGUUUCCCUCCCCAAAGCUUGCAACAAAGAUGGUGUUCCCAUUGAAUGCAAAGGUUCUGCUACCCCUCUUCCAGCACAAGGUCCAGCUGCCUUAGCACCAUCAGGAGCUCCAAGAUCAUUCCAAAAUCCUAGAUCACCUGCAGCUCCUAGCCCUGAUGAUGAUGAUGUUCCAGAGCCAUUCACUCCUCCUUUGGGACCGGUAGGUGAUACAACACCAGGGUUAACACCGCCAUCUCCAUCAGGCGGUGGUGGCUUAGGAAAUCCUUACAAUGGAUUUUCACCGCCAUCUUUUACAGAUGACGGCUCUGGAAAUCCUGAUACGAGUUCGUUCAGGCCUGAUUUGAGACCUUCCUCUGCCCCAGAUUCACGGAGACUUUCAGUGUUUGUUUUUAUAGCAGCCUGUGGAGCAAUUAUUUUGAAGUUGCACUGAAUUGAUUUUAUAGUGUGUGCACAUUGUUUGGAACAUGUAUACAUUAGUGCAGGAGUUGCAAAACAUUUUUUGUUGUUUCAUUGUAAUCAAGUUGUACUGUCAGUAUAAUGAAAUUUUUUGAGAGUGUUGAAAUCUA